AUGCCACUCAGCACCCGCGUUUCCCUGCCCGCGCGGCGUAUCAUCGAGGCGGCGUUCCGAGAUCUCGAGAAAGUCGUGUCGACUGAAGAUCGAGUCGGGCUGGAAAACACAACACUGGAAGAUGUGCGCGACGCUGCCCACCUAGUCCAGAACCAGCUUGCCGCGCGACAGUGGGGUCCUAACAUGUGGCUGCUGGUACCUCUAUUCAAGGGUUUGGAACACUAUUCGAAGACAAUAGAAGUCCUCUGCAACGGGACGCCAUAUCUUGCAUGGAUAUGGGCACCAAUAAAGCUGAUCUUGAAGGUAUCUUCUGAUUGCGUGGAAGCCUUCGAGAAAAUUAUCAGGGCUUACAGCCGGAUCGGGGAGUGCCUCCUGAGGUUCCGUGAAUUUGACCGGGCAUUCUUUGACAACACCAACGUCCAGCAAACAUUGGCCAUCUUCUAUGUGGACAUUCUCAAAUUCCAUAAAGAGGCGUACCAGUUUGUCCGAAGAAGCUACUGGAAAGUGUUCUUUAUGAAUUCUUGGGGACGCUUUGAGCGACGCUUCGAGUGCAUUAUCGAAGACCUGAAGAUUCACGAAGACUUGGUGGACAAGACCUGCAAUGCGAUAAACAUUACCGAGGCUCGGAAAAUGAGGGAGAAAAUUGAGAGCUGGAGGCAGCAGUCCAAUGAGAAACUGGCCAAAGACGAGGCGCAGCUAACUGCUUCGCAAUACCGUGCCAUCAUUGGCUGUCUGGAGUUUGGAGAAGCUGAUCAAGACGAAGUGUUCAGCUCGAUCGCGUCGGGCGCUGCCGAGACUGCAGGCACUUCAAGCUGGAUUUUCAAUCAGAAGAAGAUCCGAUGUUGGAUGCGAUGCAACCGGGAGUCUAUCUUCUUACUUCUGAAUGGAUGUCCUGGCAGUGGUAAGAGCGUCUUGUCUGCACAGAUCGCCACCUUUCUGAGGGCUGGCGGACACUCACAGGUCGUCGCGCAUUUCUGCACGUACCAGUACCAGACGUCAUGCGAAUACAACCGCAUACUGCAUUCCAUUCUUAUACAACUCAUUCGAUCCGACACUGACCUGAUUGCUCAUGUGUGGGACAGGCUCGUAUUGGGGCAGAAUGCAGCGAGCUCGCGGACCAUCGAGGAGCUGAUCCGCGAGCUCAUGGGUGCUUCUCCAACUGCGCCGUCACAGACCAAGUACAUCCACUUGAUUCUAGAUGGGCUGGAUGAAUGUGAGCCAAAGCAGCAAGAAAGAAUCUUGAGCAUUCUGGAGAAGUUUGUGGCAGCCGCUGAAAGAUCGGGGUCGACUGUGUGCAAGGUGCUCGUGCCAGGCCGGGCAUUCCGCAGCGGCACCAAGACGACACGGAACAAGCAUAUUGUGUCCCUUUCCGAUGAGAAGGAGAAUAUCAACAAAGCCAUGUCUCACUAUUGUGAUUCCCAGCUUGCGACCCUUCGUCCAAAACUGCUAGAGAUGAAGAUCACUGACGCUGAUUGGCAAGCAAUGCAACAACGCAUUGUCGUGAAAGCGGAUGGCAUGUUUCUAUGGGCCCGACUGGUACUGGAAUACCUUAACACCAACAUGUUCUGCAAGCGUGAGGAGGUACUUCUGGCCGUGGACGUCUAG